GAGUACGUCUUGGUCAAGUUAGUUUAUUGGGACGAAACGUUUUGGUUAGUCAAAAGACACUAAAGCAGAAGUAGAAAACGUUUUAGUCAGUCUAAAACACUUGAGAAGAAGAAGAAGCAGAAAACAUUUUAGUCAGUCUAAAACACUUGAGGAGAAGAAGAAGUAGUAAACGUUUUAGUCUGUCUAAAACACUUGAGAAGAAGAAGUAGAUAACGUUUUAGUCAGUCUAAACACUAUAAGAGACGGUGUGUUAAGAAAAAAUCGUAGUUUUCAAGAAGUAGUGGUUAGUGUCCCAGAAGUGAAGAGAGCAUGUUUGCAAGCCUUUUUAGAAAUUCAGAUAUGAACUACAAGGAGGUCUGCUAUGACAUGAGUCACAAACACCGUGGCCACUGUCUGAUAUUUAACAACUACAAUUUCGAUUCACACACAGGAUUAGGAGAGAGGAAAGGUUCAGAGGUCAGUUGUCAACAGCUAGUGACAUUAUUUAGCAGAUUUGGCUUCAUAAUCAGCGUUAACAAAGAUUUGACAGUGAGAGAAGUGAAGGCAAUAUUAUACAAGUAUGCUCAUGAAAUUGACCACAGUGACUGUGAUGCACUAGUUGUAAUAUUCAUGAGUCACGGAGAGAGGAAAAUUUUAUAUGGUCGAGAUGGAGCCUUCAACGAGGACGUUCUUUUCAAGGAAUUCCUUGCAGGCUGUUGCCCAACUCUAGCUGGAAAACCCAAGUUAUUCUUCCUUGAUGUAUCUCGUGGCGAAGGCUUACAAAAUCCAGUAACUUUGCCCAAGGAGGAAGACGCAGAGUUUUGCGAGGAGGUUCCCGCUUAUAGAGGUGAUCCAAUAGAGGUUCAGUUGGUGCAAAAGGGAGAGAUCAUUGAGGAAGUCAUUCCUAAGGAGAUCGCCUGCCAUGCAGACUUUUUGAAGUGCUGGUCAACCCCCCUUGGUUAUUUUUCUUGGCGUAACACAUCCCAUGGGUCCUGGUUCAUGCAGUCACUCUAUCAUGUGUUCUCCAGAGCCACUGGGAAUGAGGAUAUCAUGGAUCUUUUGAUGAUGACCAACAUGAUGUUAAAUUCACAAUUCAUAAGUAAUUGUCCAGCCCAGCCAUUACUUCACGGGAAAAAACAGACAGCUUUUAUUGAGUCAACUCUUACAGCAAAAUUAUAUUUGACACCAUCUUCUAUUAACUAAACCCAAUGAAACCGUCCAUUAGGAUGGAUGAAGGAAGAGGGGGAGGUGUAUCCCAGGUGUCAGUGGGUGCUCACAAACACAGCAGCCUCCCUCGAACUGGCUCUUGAACAAAACCUGGAAAGUGUUCUAACUGUUCUUCUAAUGAUAAUUGCAAAAUUGCAUAUACAUAUAUAUAUAUAUAUAUAUAUAUAUAUAUAUAUAUAUAUAUAUAUAUACAGAUCAAGUAUAUUUAUAUGUCCAACACUUCUUAUUUUAAACAUCAUGCACACUUUAUAAAACCCAAUAUUCAGUGAGUUCUUUCAAAGAUAAUUGUUAAGGCUCACCACCACAUUAUACAGUUAGUGUAACUAACAUAACAUAAACCCAUUCAUUGCACAAUUUUGACAUUUUUAUAACGAAACUCCCAACAAUUGUGUUUCGUUUAGCCUCAAGCUAUGCCUGUAAGUUACAGUUCUCAGGCUUAAAGUACCUUGUUGUUUCAUAUUCCUAAGGCAUUUGUAGUUUGUCUUUCAAUUUCACUGAUAUGGUCAGGUUUUGUAAGAACGGGAAGAAUAUAUGUUUCUUACUUUUUGGUACAGGUAAUAUUUUACAUAUUUUAUAUGAAUGUAUGUUCAUACCUGUGAUGUAAAAAAUCAAAUUCUAAUAAAAGAUUAUUAAAUAAAAAAUA